UCCUCCUGCGAUGAUACCGCCUGCAGUGCUGUCCCUCCCUCCACGACCAUAGGGACGGUCCUCUCCCUCUCGCCCUUCCUCGCCACCUUUGUCCUCGUUUCCGUCACCGUCUCGCGUACCCUCUUUCCGCGCCUAUCUCGCUUCAACGCCGUCCGCGAUGGCGAAGACCACCUCCUCCCGGCCUCGGCACCCCCGACCCUGCAACAGGUCCACGCCGAGCACGGCUCCAAGUCUCUCCGCCGCCGCGUCGCCGCCACCACCUUCGCCACCACCAUCGGCCUGGCCACCGUGCUGGGCGAGCUAAUCCUCUCUGAGAUCGCCGAUGUCGUCUCUGCCGGCGCCCGCGAUACUGCCCUGGGCAUCGUUGUGCCCACGCUACUCGUCGUCCUCGUCGUCCUCAUCCCUUUCCUCGAGAUCCAGAGUGUCCUUGCCGCCUCCGGCCUGUGCAGCUUUCAGCGUUCCUCCCGUGGCCGGUUUCCCCGCUGGGCCUGGACCCUGCAGACCCUCGGUUUUGGUCUCUGGCUCCUUGUCUUUUGGAGCAUCGGCAAGGCCGUCCCCGCGGGCGCUGCUGGCGGAGCUGCCGACCAGGCCGACGGGUUUCUGUACUCGCGUGCCGCCAGGCUCAAGGGCAGUUUCGACGCCACGGGCAUCUCGAUCGCGACACGGUGGCGCGAGGGCAGCUCCUCCUCCAGCGGCAGCGGCAGCCUCGACGGCUGGUGGACGGCAGACACGCUGGCGCGGGCAUGCCUCGAGCGCAUCGGGGUCAUUGGGAUUUCGCUCAUGGCGCUGCUGUCCGGGUUCGCCAGCGUGAGCAGCCCGUGGUACACGCUCAUGGACAGCACGGCGCGGCGGAGGCGGCCUGUCACGGAUGCCGACGUUGCGCGGAAGCAGGCCGGCCUGGACGCCACGGGAGAGCUGCUGCUGACCAAGAGGCACCGCCUGCGGUCGCUACAGACCAAGAUGGCGGCCACCACCGAGUCGAGCCCCACUGCGAGGUCUCCUGGCGGCGUCAUGGGCAAGAUUGUCGGCUCGCUCAAGGGCAUGGGCGGCGGCGGGGCCGGGGGCGGCGACGCAGCCGAGGUGAAAGCCCUGCAGCUGGAGAUCUCGGGCUUGGAGACGAUGGAGACGAGCCUGGGCUCGUCACUGGCCGCGCUGCGCAAUAGGCAGGCCGCAGAGGCCCGCGCAGGCACGGCAGUCGGUAGGCUGCUUGCGGUGCCGGCGUACGUCUUCAGCAUCUACUGCAUCUACCGCAUCCUCGCCACCUCGCUCACCUCGUUCCGCCGCCUCUACUACCCCGCCUCGGCCGCCUUCUCCUCGUCGGACCCCAUCAACCGCUUCCUCGGCCUGCUCGCCAAGCACUGGGACCCCAAGCUCGACCAGACCGCCUGGGCCCGCCAGAUCUCCUUCCUCCUCUCCGGCGUCAUCCUCAUUGCCUCCGCCAACGCCGUCGUCCAGACCUUCCACAUCUUUGCCCGCUGGGCCCCGGGCCUCCUGCACCAGGCCCAGGCCAACCUCGCCCUCAUCAUCGGCCAGAUCAGCGCCACCUAUGUCAUCAGCGCCGGCCUGCUGCUCCGCUCCAACCUGCCCCGCGACGUCGGCAGCGCCGUCGGCCAUGCCCUCGAGAGCGCCCUUGAGCCCGGCUUCGUCGACCGCUGGUUCGAGUCGUGGUUCCUCUUCAGCUCUGCCGCCACUGCGAUGGGCAUCUGGGUCGGCAGGAGGAUACAUGGGCCGGGAGGCGGCUUUGGCGAGUGGGGGGAGUGGGAUGAGUUUGUCGGCGAGGAGAUGGGCGAGAAGAGGGCAUGA